UCUCUUCGUUCACUCGCGCCGUUGAGCUCUUCUCUUCUCACCUUCACACCAAUCGCCUUCUCUUCUCUCCAUUUCUCACCUUCACGCCUCUCCUUCGUCCGCUUUUCCUUUAGAGCAAUGGCAUCCCACAUCGUCGGUUAUCCCCGUGUGGGACCCAAGAGAGAGCUCAAGUUUGCGUUGGAAUCUUUCUGGGAUGGGAAGAGUAGUGCUGAGGAUUUGCAGAAGGUGGCAGCAGACCUCAGGGCAUCCAUCUGGAAGCAGAUGUCUGAAGCUGGGAUCAAGUAUAUUCCUAGCAACACCUUCUCCUACUAUGAUCAGGUGUUGGACACCACAGCCAUGCUAGGUGCUGUACCCCCAAGAUAUGGUUGGAACGGUGGUGAGAUUGGCUUUGAUGUUUACUUCUCCAUGGCUAGGGGAAAUGCCUCUGUUCCGGCCAUGGAAAUGACCAAGUGGUUUGACACCAACUACCACUACAUUGUCCCUGAAUUGAGCCCAGAAAUUAAGUUCUCUUAUGCAUCACACAAGGCAGUCGAGGAAUACAAGGAGGCAAAAGCUCUUGGGGUUGAGACUGUACCAGUCCUUGUUGGCCCAGUAUCUUACUUGUUGCUAUCAAAACCAGCAAAGGGAGUUGAGAAGUCCUUUUCCCUAUUGUCUCUCAUUGGCAGUAUUCUUCCUGUCUACAAGGAGGUUCUGGCUGAACUCAAGGCUGCUGGUGCUACCUGGGUCCAGUUUGAUGAGCCCACUCUUGUGAAGGAUCUUGAUGCUCACCAAUUGCAAGCAUUUACUCACGCCUACUCUGAGCUUGAAUCAUCUUUAUCCGGUUUGAAUGUUGUGAUUGAAACGUACUUUGCUGAUGUUACUGCUGAGGCAUUCAAAACACUUACUGGUUUGAAGGGUGUUACUGGGUAUGGAUUUGACCUGGUCCGAGGAACAAAGACCCUUGAUUUGAUCAAGGGCGGAUUUCCUUCUGGGAAAUACUUAUUUGCUGGGGUGGUUGAUGGAAGGAAUAUAUGGGCCAAUGAUCUUGCAUCUUCCCUCAGUACUCUGGAGGCUCUGGAGGGAAUCGUUGGAAAAGACAAGCUUGUUGUCUCCACAUCCUGCUCUCUUCUCCACACUGCUGUUGAUCUCGUGAAUGAGACCAAGUUAGACAAAGAGAUCAAGUCAUGGCUUGCAUUUGCUGCUCAAAAAGUAGUUGAAGUAAAUGCCUUGGCUAAGGCCCUGGCUGGACAAAAGGAUGAGGCUUUCUUCACUGCCAAUGCUGGAGCUCAGGCCUCAAGAAGAUCCUCCCCGAGGGUGACAAAUGAGGCUGUCCAGAAAGCUGCUGCUGCUUUGAAGGGCUCUGACCACCGUCGUGCCACAAAUGUGAGUUCCAGGCUGGAUGCCCAGCAAAAGAAGUUGAACCUUCCUGCUCUUCCGACCACCACAAUCGGUUCCUUCCCUCAGACCCUCGAGCUAAGAAGAGUCCGUCGUGAAUACAAGGCUAAAAAAAUCUCUGAGGAAGAAUAUGUCAAUGCCAUUAAGGAGGAAAUUAAGAAAGUGGUCAAGCUCCAAGAGGAGCUGGACAUUGAUGUUUUGGUACAUGGAGAGCCAGAGAGGAAUGAUAUGGUUGAAUACUUUGGAGAGCAAUUGUCUGGUUUUGCCUUCACUGUCAAUGGGUGGGUCCAAUCUUAUGGGUCCCGUUGUGUCAAGCCACCUAUCAUCUAUGGUGAUGUCAGUCGCCCCAAGCCCAUGACCGUCUUCUGGUCGUCGUUUGCUCAGAGUACAACUAAGCGACCUAUGAAAGGAAUGCUCACUGGUCCUGUAACCAUUCUGAACUGGUCGUUUGUUAGAAAUGAUCAGCCAAGGUUUGAGACCUGCUAUCAGAUUGCUUUGGCCAUCAAGGAUGAAGUUGAGGAUCUUGAGAAAGCUGGUAUCACUGUUAUCCAGAUUGACGAGGCUGCUUUGAGAGAAGGUUUGCCUCUUAGGAAGUCCGAGGAGGCUUUCUAUCUCAAUUGGGCUGUUCACUCUUUUAGAAUCACCAAUUGCGGUGUCCAAGACACUACCCAGAUUCACACCCACAUGUGCUAUUCAAACUUCAAUGACAUCAUCCACUCGAUUAUCGACAUGGAUGCCGAUGUGAUCACGAUUGAGAACUCGAGAUCGGACGAGAAGCUCCUCUCGGUGUUCCGCGAGGGAGUGAAGUAUGGUGCGGGCAUUGGCCCUGGUGUGUACGACAUCCACUCUCCAAGGAUCCCAUCCAGAGAGGAAAUCGCAGACCGAAUCAACAAAAUGCUCGCUGUACUCGAGAGCAACAUCCUCUGGGUCAAUCCUGACUGUGGCCUCAAGACACGCAAGUAUUCUGAAGUCAAGCCUGCCCUUAGCAACAUGGUUGCUGCUGCCAAGCUUCUUCGCUCCCAGUUGGCCAGUGCCAAGUGAGCUUUUUACGGCGUCUGCGUUCCUGAUGAUAAUAAGUGAUAUUGGUGAUUUUGUUUUGUUGUGAGGGAAAAUUUUCUCUUCAAGUUUGCGGAUUAUAAUAAUCCAUCAGCCAUUUUUGGUUGAAGUAUUUUCUUGUAUUAGGCGAUGUCGU